GCAGCAUCAGCGGCAGCGCAGCGCCGCUGACGUUGGUCGGGUUUAAACCGUCAACAAACUCCAACAAGUUCCCUCGGCGUUCAAACACGCUUCAGCGUGCUCCGUAAACUCCGUAAACUUACUGUGAGCCUGUUGAAUGCUUUGAAGUUAGCAGAGAUAUGCUGGAUUUCGAGGGUGUAAUUAAAGAACCAGCGACAGACAGAGACCCACGUUAUGUCAGCGCUGGACAGACCCGCGGCGGAGCUCACCGUCAUGGAUGUGUACGACAUAGCGGCGGCGCUCGGCCAGGAAUUUGAGCGGGUCAUAGACAAGUUCGGGUGCGAGUGCCUGGUUGGGGUGGUUCCCCGAGUGGUGCGGGUUCUGGAGUUUCUGGAGGCACUUGUGGGCCGCGGAGCAGCUGGACAGGAGGCAGAGGAGCUGCGCCGGGAGCUGGACAGGCUGCAGCGGGAGCGCAGCGACAGAUACGAGCAGGAGAAGAAGCACCAGAAGGAAUUGGAGCAGGUGGAAGAUGUAUGGAGGGGAGAAGUCCAGGACCUGCUGUCUCAAAUUACUCAGCUUCAGGUAGAGAACAAGAGGCUGUUGGUGAGCCUCUCGCUGAAAGAGUCCCCCGUCACGGAGGAGGACCUACAGAAACACGAAGCACAAACGUCUGAGAAAGAAAGCCAAGUAAUACAGAAGCUAAAAGACUUGGUGGAUAAACAGAGAGACGAAAUCCAUGCAAAAGACCACGAGCUAACGCUAAGAAACGAAGAUGUUGAAGCGCUCCAGCUGCAGCAGCAUCGGCUCAUCAGAGUCAACCAGGACCUUCUUCAUAGGACCGGACUGAUGGAGGCUCAGGGCAAGACGCUGAUCCAGCAGAGAGCUGAGCUGGAGGCCUCUGCCCAGGCACAGCAGCAGGAGUACGCAGCGCUGCAGAUGGAGGUCAGGAGACUGACAAAGGAGCUCCAGGAGAAGGAACUAGAAAGAGAACUUCUAGAGAUAGAAUCCCCUCUGGGAACAAGAUCUGAGAACGCUUCACCAAAAUCGGCACCAAUGACGGCUGCAGAAACCAUUCUUUCUGACUCUGUCAAACCACGUUCUGUGUGGGUGGAGUGUGGAGGGGAUCCUGGCUUCAUGGCAAAGUGCCUCGAGUGUGACAAGAGCCUCUCACUUCUGUUAAUAACAGCAAAUGGAAAGAAUGAGGGAGACCUUACUAAAGAAGAAAACACUGCAGCACAUGUUCUGACACAGUCAGCUGCUGUAGAGUCUGAGGAUGAGGCAGACAAACCUCGUUUCACCUUGCAGGAGCUGCAGGAUGUCCUGCAGGAGAAGAAUGAACUCAAAGCCCAGGUGUUCAUGCUCCAGGAAGAGUUGGCAUAUUACAAAAGUGAGGACUUGGAAGAUGACACCAAUCCUAGUGUCUCUGCCACAAAUACCCCGUCACAGCUAACUUCAGCCGAUCAGCCUGAAUCAGGAAUAAGACGGCUGAUCUUCACUGCCAUAAUGCCAAUGGUGGCUGCCGGUUUAAUCACAGAUGAUCCCACAUUGUUGCCAAUAAGAAGACUUGUUUCCUUUGUAUGACUUGUCAUUUAAAGGAAAUACUCAUCUUGACACAAAGAACUGAUUUAACAGCAGAAAUGAUUCUAAACUAAUCCUGUUGUGUUCAUACUAGACAUGGACCGGUUAGAGAAUCUUGUUGUAUUAUAGUAAUAAUCAAGCACAAUCAGAAAUGUCAACGAUAUUGUGAUUGCUCUGAUUUUAAACAGAAAAGUAAUAAGUAUUACUACUGUUGUUUAAGCAAUCUAGCCAGCUAGGCAGUUCCCUAACCUGAGAGAAAAAGAUAAUG